AUGGUGGCCCUCAUGAGGAAGGGGAUACACUGCCUCACCUACAUGGAUGACCUGAUAAUCAUGGCGCCCAGCUUCAACAAGGCCAUUUGCCACUGGGCGAUUGUCCUCAAGACCCUUUCCAACCUGGGCUGGAGUAUCAACCACAAGAAGUUGUCUCUCCACCUGAGCCAGUCCAAGGAGUUUCUCAGGCUUAUGGUGGACUUGUCCACCAAGCCAAUGCUGCUGGCCCAACUUCUCCUGCAAAACCUCUACCACAACAUCAAGCACUGCAGGGACUGGCACAGCCACAUCCACCUGUUGAUGGUGGCACUCAAUGACCUGCAGGAGUGGAUGGUCAGCCUGACGAAGUGGGACAGCCAAGUGGUGUCAAUGAGACCAUUCAAUGUGGUACUCAACACCAAUGCCUCCCUCACUGGCUGGGGAGUAGCCCUGAAGGACUCAACCACUACUUCAGUGGGCUGGUGGCACAGCAGAGACUGGCACAUCAAUGAGCUUGAGCUCAAGGUGGUCCUGCACACGCUCUGA